CCUGACUACCACCAUGGCAUUCCUUUGGCUCUUGUCCUGCUUUGCCCUUGUGGGGGCCACCUUUGGCUGUGGCGUCCCUGCCAUCCACCCCGUGCUCGCUGGUCUGUCCAGGAUUGUCAAUGGGGAAGACGCUGUCCCUGGCUCCUGGCCCUGGCAGGUGUCCCUGCAGGAUAACACUGGCUUCCACUUCUGUGGGGGCUCCCUCAUCAGUGAGGACUGGGUGGUUACCGCUGCCCACUGUGGGGUCACGACAUCUGAUGUGGUGGUGGCUGGGGAGUUUGACCAGCACUCUGACAAUGAGAACAUCCAGGUCCUGAAGAUCGCAAAGGUUUUCAAGAACCCCAAGUUCAGCAUGCUCACUGUCCGCAAUGACAUCACCCUCCUGAAGCUGGCCAAGCCUGCUGUCUUCUCUGACACUGUGUCUGCUGUGUGCCUGCCCAGCGCUGACGACGACUUCCCCGCUGGGACCCUGUGUGCCACCACUGGCUGGGGCAAGACCAAGUACAAUGCCCUGACGACUCCCGCUAAGCUGCAGCAGGCGGCCCUGCCCAUUGUGUCCAGUGCUGACUGCAAGGCAUAUUGGGGCAGCAAGAUCACCGAUGUAAUGAUCUGCGCAGGCGCCAGUGGUGUCUCCUCCUGCAUGGGUGACUCUGGUGGCCCCCUGGUCUGCCAGAAGAAUGGAGCCUGGACCCUGGCCGGCAUUGUGUCCUGGGGCAGUAAUGUCUGCUCCACCUCUACUCCUGCCGUGUACUCCCGAGUCACAGCCCUCAUACCCUGGGUUCAGGCGACCCUCGCGGCCAACUGAGUUCAUGUCUCCAUCCCUCUGCUCCAAACA